AGUGUUACGAACGCAGUUUGUGCGACAUAAAUUCCUCGGUAAUAUUAUUUAAUAACUUUGGGCAAUAGCUGGGAACUGGUUAUGACGUUGUUCUAUCUCCACUUGUUAUACCAAUAACUUGAUUCUCCAACGCCAUUUACCUUUAGGUUACUCUUUAAAUAAAACUCAAAAAAUGUCAGUGACUCCUUAAUAUCUAUUGACUGGCGGCAUGUGAUUAUUGAGGCAUAAGUUCAGAUGCCUCUCAAAGUGUCAAUAAAGAAGAAAAACACUCAAAAAAUAUAAAUUACAAAGUGAGUUGUGGUAUCAGUGGAUGUGAAGUAAAAUGUCAAAAGAGGAUUUGUAGACAAAGACAUCACUUAUCUCCGGCUGAACUGAAAGAAAUAAAAUUGCCAUUAAACGAAAGAUGGCUGACGAAGCGCGCGAUUUAGUGAAUAAAGAGCCGUGAUUGACGAGUGAACAGAAAAUAUGUACGGUAUCAGGUUAUUUGUAAGCAAAGAUUUUAGACAGAACAAUGUUUGGGGGCCCAUCAACAAGACUGAGGCUGUCGACGGCGUGGCUGUCAACGUGUCGAGAGUGAACCAGACAAUAUACUCCUCCAGCGAUGACGAAUACAUAUUCGAUAGAACGGAUGUUCGCGCCAUAUUUAUUACGCUGUACACCAUUGUAUUCUGCUGCUGCUUCUUUGGGAACCUGCUCGUUAUCCUCGUGGUUACUUUAUCGCGGCGUCUGCGCUCCAUAACAAACUUCUUUUUGGCGAAUCUCGCCGUGGCAGAUUUAUGUGUUGGCGUGUUUUGUGUCUUCCAAAAUUUGACUAUAUAUCUUAUACCGAGCUGGGUGUUCGGGGACUUCUUGUGCAAGAUGUACCAGUUUGUGCACUCACUAAGCUACACGGCGUCGAUAUUCAUACUCGUAGUGAUUUGUACGGAGAGAUACUUCGCUAUUAUACACCCCAUCACUUGCAAGCAAAUCCUCACUUCCACGCGACUUAGGUUGGUGAUACUGGGCGUGUGGAUCACGAGUGCAGCCUACAGUGCGCCGAAGUUCAUAUGGGUGGAAACCAUAACGAAUGACCUCGGCGACGGCCACAUGGAAACGAUAUGCAUCUCCCACAGAAGAAAGUACAACUCCGAGCUCUUCGACAUGGUGAACUUCGGCCUUCUCUACGUCACACCACUGUGCGUCAUGACGGUCCUGUAUACUCGUAUCGCAGUGGGUCUGUGGCAGAGUUCUCAUGCGCUGCAGCAUUUGGAGCGCGUCCAGUGCUGCGCCACUCAGUUCCAGAAGCCAGGUCCUGCGCCCUACGACGCGCAGCGAGCACUAGUCGGGAACAGUGAGGACAAGAAAAUGGUGACAAUGAGCAGCCACACUGGAAAGACCAGCACGUCAAAAGCUACCCGCGGACACGAGACGCGCAACUGCCACCACCUGAGUCACUUAUCGCGCAAUGUGUUGCGCGCGCGCCGCGGCGUUGUGCGCAUGCUCAUUGUGGUCGUGCUCACAUUCGCCAUCUGCAACCUGCCCUUCCACGCGCGCAAGAUGUGGCAGUACUGGUCCAGCGGCUAUGAGGGCUCCAGCGACUUCAGCACGCUCCUCACACCGCUCACAUUCCUCAUCACGUACUUCAACUCUGGCAUCAACCCACUCUUAUACGCUUUCUUAUCCAAAAACUUCAGGAAAGGUAUGAAAGAGCUCAUCUUCUGCAACUGCCAUGGGAAGAGAAAAAGCGAAAACUUGAUUUUGUUAAACCCGGUGGGGGGUGUGGGUUUGCGGCGGAGCUCCACCCGGUCCACCCGCGCCAACUGCAGCACGGUCACCAUAGCACCCAACGGAGAGUCAUGAGACAUGCGUCGGCGGCGCUUCCUGUAUAAGGUGGAAAACAUUGAUAUUUCCUGAUUAACGGAGAGCACCGACGAAGUAACGGACAGCAGUGGUUUCUAUACGGUCUCUACCGUAUCUAGGCGUGAUUUAUACGACUAAGAAACCUGCAUUACGCUACCGCUUUCGUUCACCCAAUAACAAACUUUAAAGACUCCUUAGUGAAUUUUAAUGAUAAGGACCUGACGCUGAGUGUGUGCGUGUAAACUUGGUGAUCUCGCGAGCUUAAGGUGUUAGAAUACCUUUGUUAUUUAAUGAAUAAUUCAAUUGAUAGUGAGUGAGUUGAGACCAAAAUAAUGUAACAUAUCUUUCGGUUACCUUUUAGUUGAUCCAUGAUAAAGAUUUACGACUACUUGGUUUUAGAUAGAUAAUGUUUUAUAUUAAAAAGCUAAGUGUAUAAAUAUCUAUAUGACUGUAUAAAGUGUACAUAUGGUGUAAUAAAUAUUAAGGGGAAUAUUAGCAUGUGAUUACUGAUUACAUCGAUACUGUUGGUAAUAUUAUACAUCUAUUUCGAAAGCAAAUCGAUAUUUAUAGCAAAUGGUUCCAUUGAAAGACUCAAGAUGAGAUCACAUUCAGAGCCGCGAUAUCGGCCUUCGAAUUUGAAUUGCAAUAUUUAUGUUCAAUACCGUAAUACCGCUACCCUGCUAUCAUCGCAGUUACAGCGGCACCCGACGGUUUACACUACAACUACCUAGAUUGAAAUUCUAGGAAAGUGAUAGUUGACAAUAUUAUAUAACAACAAUUUCAUACUAAGAAACGUUCGAAUGAAAACUAACUUGCUGCGUGUAAUUUAUACUUACGUGAUAUCAAAAAUAAGUAAACGUAAGAGUUUUGUUGUUUUUAAGUGAACUUGUAAAUAGUGAACAUAUCUAAACAUUUUGAUACGUAAUUUAGAAACUAAAACACUUAGGUAGAUAUUGUUAUUCGUAAUAGUUCCGCCUAACAGCCCAAAUUCACCAAACGGUGGCCAAAUAGGCAUAUAUUUCUUUAUUACGUAGGCAACACUGGUCAGGAACAUGCGUUCAAUGUUGCCAACACAUGCUUAGUAAAUGAAAAAUUCAAUAUUCAUAUACAUAUUUUCCCAUAAUUAUACCAAAUACUAGUUAUUUACACAUUAAAAUGUACAUUGUUGUAUAAAUUAAUAAAAUAAGUCUCUAUAACUUGUCGAGAAAAUUAUCGACAUCCUGCAGUAUGUCAGUCUCCUUAUAGCGACAAGGAAAACUUUGGGUCACAGGAGCAAAUUAUGUUCUAACGAUGUCACAAAGGUGAUAAUGAAAAUUGAUCUGGAAGAUGCUGACAGAAAAAAGCUAGGAAAAAUAUGAAACUAUAUGUAGAUAUAAAACGGUAGUGAAAAUAUUACUGAUUGAUUGUUUCCAAAAAUAGUUGUUUAAAACACCUGAGAACCUUUCUUGUCACUAAAGGAUACUACGAUCAAACUCAUUUUCAUGUUGUUCUCGCUGUUCUUACGUAAUGAUAAAAUUCAAGAAUGUAAAUAUUCGUAAUAUUUUAUCAUUUAUUUAUUUUCUAACAUAUGAUUUACAUUUUUAAAUAUUAAAUAUAAAAAUAAAAAACAUUUAAAAAUAUAAAAAAUAGGUUGCCACCGAUAUCGGGCACAGGGUCCAAGGUACCGGUGGUUAGGGUCCCAGAGACAGAAACCUCCUCACAAUACGUGCCGUAUCAAGGAGUACUGCCUUCUGAAUCAGUCCCUUGAUCCAGCCGCCCAACGAGAGCCUCCUGAGGUGUUCGUCGAGGCUCUUGGCUAUUAAACCAUUGGCCGUAACGACAAUCGGCACAACAACAGCCGUGUCGACACUCCACA